UAGGGCUGAUGUAUUUUACGAUACUCUGGAGUACACAGGACAAAGGCGCAUUGAAUAUAUUUUAAAUUAUUCAGCUUAGCUCAACUUUCAGUUCAGGAACCAAUAAUUAUUAAAAUUUAAUUUAUGGAUACCUUCAUUAUGUUAAGCACUUGCUGACAAGAGUCGCUCUAGACAUAGAUGCUGUGCUGCCAUCGCGUUGCAAUAUUCGCUGCAUGGCGUUGCCAUCUAGGAGAGGCUAUUUUUCACUCACCGCAAUUUAGCCAUCUGGCAACGCUAUCACGCUGUUAGCUUUGCUUUGCUCGAAUUUGUACAAAAUAAACUUGUAAUACAAAUCGACUUCCGGCUCCACUGUCAAACAAUCAACAGCUACAAUAACAGCAGAAAGAAAACGCGCACACCGACGCCGAAGCUGACGCCGACGCCGACGCCGCCGCAAUGCCGAAGGAACAGGACUUCCAUGUUUUCAGCAAACUGCUCCACCCCAAAAGCAGCGACAUUGAAAGCACCAAUAACAAGGGCAAGGCUAACAGUAGUGGAGACGGAAUCGGCGGAGACAGGAAAAAAACUCGACCCAAAAAGUUGUUCAACGACCCGCGCUUUCAAAUACGGCCGCUGCAGCAGGUGGCAUCCGCCUGUACGGGCGCCAUGAUAACCGCCUGCUUUAUGACGCCCCUGGACGUAAUCAAGACCCGCAUGCAGUCGCAGCAAUCGCGGUCGAGCAAAUGUUUCCUCUAUUGCAACGGACUGAUGGAUCAUCUAUUUAGCUGUGGCACUUCCUCAACAACUGCGGUUAGUAAAAAGCUGAAACCCCAUUUUCGGGGCACCCUGGAUGCCCUGUUCAAGAUCAGUCGCCGGGAAGGCAUGGCCGCUCUGUGGUCGGGUCUGGGGCCCACGCUGGUCUCGGCUCUGCCCUCCACCGUGGUUUACUUCGUGGCGUAUGAACAGUUUAAGGCCAAGUACAUUGACAUCUACCAACGAAACUUCGCGCCACCUCUAUCGAAUGACCAGUUGCAAGCUCAGUCCCAAGACCAGAAGCUACCUCUGCUGGUGCCUAUGCUGUCGGGAGUGACAGCUCGCAUUUGCGCCGUCACUUUUGUCAGCCCCAUCGAGCUAGUGCGCACGAAAAUGCAGUCACAACGGCUCAGCUACGCACAGGUGCUCCAAUUCGUGCGCAACAUCAUUGCCAUGCAGGGUAUAACGGGCCUGUGGCGUGGUCUGCCACCCACCAUCUUGCGGGACGUGCCUUUCUCUGGAAUCUACUGGCCUGCUUAUGAGUACCUAAAGAUCUGCUUUAGUAAGUGUGGCGAGGAGCCCUCAUUUGGCUUUAGCUUUGUGGCAGGUGUGUUGGCUGGUUCGGUGGCUGCCCUGGUUACCUGCCCCUUUGACGUGAUCAAGACCCAUGAACAGAUCGAGUUUGGCGAACGCGUUAUCUUCACGGACUCGCCUUCCAAAGAACUGAGCAAGCAAUCCACCUACAGCCGACUGGCUGGUAUCUAUCGCCUGUUUGGCAUGCGUGGACUGUUCGCGGGGUACGUGCCAAGACUGUGCAAGGUUGCGCCUGCCUGUGCCAUCAUGAUAUCCACCUUUGAGUACAGCAAACUAUAUUUUUUCCAUUACAAUGUGCAUCAGCACAAUAAACAGCUAUUGUUGCACAAUCCCAAUGCAAAGCUAGUCAAGGAGGAUGAUAUCGAAUAGUAAAUGCCAAUGGUUCAAAUGUAAUUUUCUUGAACUUUUAUAACACAAAAAUCUACAACCCUAUGUACAUAUAUUUUAUGUUAA